AUGAAUAAUUUUAUAUCCUCUGUACCUUCUAUAAAACCUUCUUUCUCUGCUCCUGUGCGUGGCCCCUCCAAAGAUACUCCUGUGGUUUCCGUUUCCCCUAAUGACGUUUCUAAAGCCUCAAACAUCUCUCGUUCAAAUAAUUAUUCAAAUAAUUAUAGUUUUAAUUCUUCAAAACUUAGAGAACCCAAUUCAUUCAAUGGUAUUAAUACAUGUGAAUCGUUCGAUAGCAAAAAACAAAGAUCUGGCGAUAGACGUUUAAGAAGACACGCUUAUAGUGACUCGGUCGACGAAGAUAAAUUCAGGAAUGUUGCUCCUAUUACUAUAUUAAAAAGACCUCAAUCUGCUACCGACUUUGUAAAGAAACCAACCAGUGAACGUCGACGUUCUGAUGUCACUUCUUCCAAGGUUAAUAGGGUUCAACAACGUAGGGAAGUAAAAUCCACGAAUGAACUUUUAUCAGUCGAUACCGACGUUUCUCAAGGUGUCAACUCAACUACUACGACUACGACUCCUAAUAAACUUCAACCAGAUUCUUCUAUUGAUGAAUCUGAUGUAAAUAUUAUUUUUAAUUCUAAUUUGAAAUCAGUUUAUGAUUCGCCAAGUAAGAAUUCUACUGGUUUAUUGGUGACUCCUCCAUCUCCUUUAAACAACAACUCCUUUGUUUUUCCCCUUCUAAAUUACUCUAAUGCGAUUAUUGCUCUUGAAGAAGAAAUGAGUAAUCAAAAUGAUAAGAGAAGUUUCGAUGUUAUAAUCCCUCCCAAAACCAUGUCUCGUCGUACUUCUAGUUCGGCAGUUGAAUUGCAAAAGUCCUCCCCAAAACUUUACGCUGGUCCAACUUUUCAUAACUCACCUCCUGCUAGUGAUUUGCCCAUUCCUUCUUUUCUUAGUAAAUCAUCUUCUACCAGAGAAUCUAGUCCUGUAUCAUCAAAUUCGACUUCUGUACCUUCCAGAGUUUCUUCUCCAUCUUUAUCUUCCGAAAAUUCUUCUGACGAAGAUAUUUCCAUGGAUGAAUCCGAACCUUAUCUUAAAAGACAAAACUCUCAACUUCUUAAUAUGUUAUCAUCUCAUCCCAACAAUUCUCAUAAUUCUGCUGCGGCAUAUAUGGUCCCCGAACGUAUGGCAACAUCUCAUAACCCUAUGCAAGUUUACCCUGCACCAAACGGAAUGUUAAAUGAACUUUCGGAAUGUUUAAGAAAAUUAGUAGUAUAUUUAGAGGAGGGAAUAUAUUUGUUGUUCUUAAUUCGUUAUUUGGCGAAUCAAAACUGA